GCACACAAGUAACCACCACUUCCCCCAAAUCCCUUGUGCUCCUUAGACGGUAGGGCGGCGGCGACGGCGAAGCCUGGCGGCGGGCCGCGAUGGCAUUUGGUCGACGGGAGGUCGGAUUGCGGCGGGCAAGGCUGCGGUGGUUGGGUCGCGGCGGGGCACGGCGGCGCCCUCACGUCCGUUACCUACGGCGCAGAACACCUCCGCCGUGAGUGGUCGCGUCUCCGGCGAGCUCGCCGCUGUGAAGUAAAUAUACUCUGAGACGACAACAGUAAGUGGGCGACAACUCUGCAGUAAAAGAUUCAGCCUCCUCGAGCUGGGGUCAGUCGCUGCGUCAAAUGUGCUCGCUGUAAUCAAGAAGCGCUGCUUGUUUGUUUAAUCACAAGUUCAGAUUCAGAACCGACAAUGUAACUAAAUUACUAUGUUAUAGCUGGUUCCUCGAGCCUUGUAAUGAAGACAGAAAAGUGCCAACUUGACACAAAGCUUGUAGCUGAAAUGGAUUCACCUUACUAAUCCACACGCCCUUACCAGCUGCUAGCUAGACUCACAUCUGCCAUUAGCACCACCACAUCCACAUCACAGCCAGGAAGGAGAGAGCCAUGGAGGCGACGGGGGUGAGCUUGGGGAAGGCCGCGCUGGGCGGCGCACUGGGCUAUGCCACGUCCAAGGCAGCGGAGGAAAUCGCGCUGCAGCUUGGCGUCGAGCGUGAUGUGAACUUCAUCAAGGAUGAGCUGCAGAUGAUGCAGUCGUUCCUCAUGACGGCUGAUGAGGAGCAAAGCCAGAACAAGGUGCUCACCACCUGGGUGAAACAGAUCGGGGUCCUAGCUUACAAAGUGGAGGACAGCCUCAUGGACUUUGGCCUCCACUCGGAGAAAAAGCCAUUUUUGGGGUGCAUUCCCCGCAACCCAGGUGACCGACGCCGCAUCGCCAAGGAGGUGAAGCAGCUGAGGGCUGAGGUGGAGGACGUGAGCAACAGGAACCUGCGCUAUCGCCUCAUCAAGGAGAGCUCAUGCUCCAAUCCUACCGCAGCAGAGGAGCAGGCCAGCAUUGCCAGUGCGGCAAUGUUUGGCAUCACCGAAGCAAGGUUUUCCACCUUUGUGCAUGAAAAAUCAUCAGUGGUGGACCUCCACCAGCUGAUUAACAGCAAUGAUGUGAACCUUAGGGUGAUUGCCAUGUGGGGAACUUGCGGUGAUGUUGGGAAGACAUCUGUCAUCCAGGAGAUUUAUGAUGACCCGAAGGUAUUGAAAAGGUUUGGCUUCCAUGCUUGGAUUAGAUUGAUGCAUCCUUUCAACCCACAAGAGUUCCUCCGGAGCUUGCUAAGGCAGUUUUAUGAAAAUUCACAUGAUGAGGUUGGAAAGCCAUCUUUCAAUCCACAAGACUUUCUUCAGAGCUUGGAAAGGCAAUUUUAUGAAAAUUCCUAUGAUUAUGUUGGAAAGCCUGGAAAAGAAACAAGUGUUGGGGCUGUUCUGGCCAAGAUGGAGAAGAUGGAUCAAAGUGAUUUAGUCCAUGUGUUUAAUGCACUGUUGUGUAGCAAUAGCUACCUGGUUAUCAUAAAUGACCUGUCCACGAUAGAAGAGUGGCAUUGCAUUAAGAAGUACUUUCCUGACAACAAGAAACUAAGUAGAAUUGUUGUUUCCACGCAGCAAGCUGAAAUUGCAAGCUUGUGCACAGAGAAACCGUACCAAGUUUCUGAGUUCAAGCAGUUGUCCUGUGAUCAAACUAUUUAUUUGUUCCACAAGAAGUUGCAGAAUUCAGUGGGACAGGUCAACAUGGGCAGUGUUAGUGUAGCAAUGGUUGGCAACAACGACGAAGCAAAGGCUGCUACUGUGGAGGAGAAACUGAAGGUUAAGCGAGCUUCAUGUUCCGCCGAGCCUAUUUCCUACAGAAGCAAAGUUACUAACGGUGAGACAAACACAGCAUUGCCCAGCGAUGAAAUACAAGAGGAAGACCAAGAACCUUAUAUUGCAGGUGAAGACAAAAUUUGUAACUCAACUGCUAGAAAGAAGUUUGAUCGCAGCAGGACACUGGCACUGGCUGAUGAAUUGCUCUGUGGGCGAGAAACAGAGAAAUUUUUUCUUAUCAAAUUAGUUGGCCAGCCAGACAACAAGUGUUGUACGGUGAUCUCAGUUUGGGGAAUGGGAGGUCUUGGGAAAACCUCUCUUGUUCGAAGCAUCUACCGGAGCCAAGAACUUGGUGGCUGGAAGCGUGCUUGGGCCACUGCAUUGCGUCCUUUUAAGCCAGAAGUACUCCUUAAAGAUUUGGCUUUGCAGCUUCAGAAUACUGUCCAAGAAGAUCCGGCUGGAGCAACAACUGGGGCACAGAAGAAAAGCAUAUCAGUGAUGAAUCUUCAAGAGUUGAAGGAGGAACUAGCUCGGGUACUAAAAAUGAAAAGGUGCCUUGUUGUUCUUGAUGAUAUAUUGUCCACCUCUGAGUGGGAGUUGGUCAAAUCGUGUUUGUAUAAUGCUGGAAGGAUCAUAGUCACCACAAGAGAAAACAGUAUUGCCAAACAUUGUUCAGUAGAGGACAAGAACAGGUACCAUCUUGGUGGUCUGAAAGAGGAUGCUGCACUUGACCUCUUAAAAAAGAAGGUAUUCAAGGACAAUAGUGAAGAAACAGAUUUAGUCCCAGCUAUGAUGGAGCAAGCAAGACUUAUCCUGCAGAAAUGUGAUGGACUUCCUCUUGCAAUAUCGACUAUCGGUGGAUUCCUAGCCAUUAAACCAAAAACUGCUAUUGAAUGGAAGAAGUUGAGUGAUGGUAUUAACACUGAAUUGGAGAUAAAUUCCGAACUUAGGACAAUAAAGACAAUUCUUAUGAGGAGCUACGAUGGUUUGCCAUACCAUCUCAAGUCUGCUUUCUUAUACCUAUCCAUAUUUCAAGAAGACCAGAGAAUUAGGUGGGGUCGCUUGGUGAGGCGGUGGACUGCAGAGGGUUACUCAAGAAAUAUGCAUGGCGUGACUGCAAUUGAGCUUUGUCGGAGGUAUUUUGAUGAGCUCUUGGAUAGGAGUAUGAUCCUGCCAGGGGAAGGGACAGACCAAUACAGUCAGAAAAUCAAUUCUUGCCAACUUCAUGAUAUGAUCCGUGAAAUAUGCAUCUCAAAGGCUAGGGAGGAAAACCUUGUUUUGACGCUGGAGGAAGGAUGUUGUUUGAGUGACACACAAGGUGCAAUACGUCAUCUUGUCAUUGGCAGCAACUGGAAAAGGGAUAAAGAUGUGCUGGAGAGCAAGCUAGACUUGUCACAUGUGCGAUCAUUGACCGUAUUCGGAGAGUGGAGAUCAUUUUUCAUCUCUGACAAUAUGAGGUUCCUCCGAGUGCUUGACUUAGAAGACACACUGGAGUUAAAAGAUCAUCAUCUUUAUGAUAUUGGGCAACUCCAUCACCUCAAGUAUCUCUCUCUUCGAGGAUGUCAGAACAUUCUAUACCUGCCUAAUUCUUUGGGAAAUUUGAGGUACCUUGAAAUGUUGGAUGUUAGAGGUACACGUAUAUAUGAGUUGCCAACAACAAUCACCAAUCUUCGGAAGCUACAGCACCUUCGGGCAGAUGGUUAUUGGGACCGUAAACAUGGUGUCAAGAGAGAGGAUGACAUAGUUGAUAAGCAUGAAAAUUACAGUAAUCGUAUUUCCACAUAUCAAACAUGCAGUGUUUUGUUGUCCAGAGGUCAUCUUUUCUUGAGACCACAAGUUCUAGAUGCUGGUUUGAACAGGUAUGAUAUAUUCAAUCUAUACCGCUUCCAGGAGAUGAAGCUAGAUGGCGUUAUACCUCCUAAAGGGAUUGGUAAAUUGAAGGCCCUUCACGCACUAGGUGUUGUGGAUGUUUCCGUGAGAAAUGGAAACGCCACUAUAAAAGAGUUUGGAGAGCUUACUCAGCUGCGUAAGCUUAAAGUGGGUGGUCUGAGCUACAGAAACAUCAAUGAGUUCUGGUCUGCCAUUGCUGGUCAUAGUCAACUUCAAUCUUUGUCAGUUAAAAGAGUUAGCUGGCUUGAAGAGAAGAACGUGUUAGAUGGCUGUUUGGGUGAUGGUUUGUUGCCACCAAGCAGCAUCAAGAGCCUCACUCUGCUUGGCAAGCUAGUCAAUGUAACAAAAUGGAUCCGUACGCUUCAGAAUCUCUCCAAGUUGGUGCUAAGGCAUAGCAGAUUGGAGCAAGAUGAUGCCAUACAAGCCCUUGGGUUACUACCAAAUCUUGCAGUUCUACGUCUGAUGCCGUUGUCGUUCGAUGGGACACAGCUCCAUUUCCAGAGCUCAUCUUUCCCGAGUCUCAUGGUGCUGGAGUUGCAUUUGUUAAGCAACCUCCGGUCGGCGCUGUUUGAAAAAGACGCAAUACCUAAGCUCCAGCUGCUACAAGUUGGUGGGUGCUGCCAGCUACAUGCAUUCUGCGGGCUGCCAGCCCUCACAAGCCUCAAGGAGAUUCAGUUGGGUAGUUGUGGUCUCAAUAAAACAUUGAAGAAAUCGGUAAAGAGUCAGGUAGCAGAGCAUAUGAAGCACGUGAGAGUGAAUAUUGUUGACUAAACUUUGUUUAUACGUACGUAUGUAUGUAUGUAUGUAUGUAUGUAUGUAUGUAUGUAUGUAUGUAUGUAUGUAUGUAUGUAUGUAUGUAUGUAUGUAUGUAUGUAUGUAUGUAUGUAUGUAUGUAUGUAUGUAUGUAUGUAUAGAUUCCAUCUGAGAACAAAGAUUGGUGUGUGUAGUUGCGCUUGUAAUUGUUCCUCUAGUACUGGUGUAGUAGAUACCGCGAUGGCAGAAUAAGUACUCAUUGCUUGUUCUCCCACGCUGACUUCUUUUUUC